UCACAAGGGAGCCCAACACACUUACAGAAAAAUAAAAGAAAACAAAAAUAAAAAAAACUGCAAACAUGGGAUGCGACGGUGGAACUAUUCCUAGACGCGAUGAGCUGGUUCGCGUCAAACAAAAGCCAGAACAGAAAGACAAAGACGCUGAGCGAGAGUUUCGCUGGCUGCACUGCACCCUGACACAGCAGCGUCUGCAGGAGCCCAUAGUCAUGUGCGGAAUGGGCAGAUUGUACUCCAAGCAGAGCCUCAUCGAGCGGCUGCUGGAGAAGGAGAAAAUGCCCGAAAUGUCGGUGCAUGUGAAGAGCCUCAAGGACAUUAAAACUCUACAAUUGACCCCCAACCCCGCAUUCACUGAAGAGGACAAGACCGAAGGACUACUAGACACGCGUCAUGCUCCGUAUAUCUGCAAGCUGAUUGGGCUGGAGAUGUCAGGAAAGUUUCGAUUCGUUGCUCUGUGGACCUGUGGCUGUGUGGUGUCCGAGCGGGCCUUGAAACAAAUUAAAGGCAACUCGGCCAGCACUUGCCCUUUGUGCCAGGCGCCCUACAGUGUCGAGGACAUCGUCGUUCUGAAUGGCAACGAAGAAGACCUCGAACUGAUGAAAGUCAAAAUGGAAAUGCGGGCGGCCAAGAGGAAGUCGUCGAAAAAAGACAAAAAGGAGUCAAAGAAAGUGGAGAUCAAAACGGAGACCGACGAGCCUUGUGCGUCCACAACAGUGGACGAAGCGAAGCCCUCAACCAGCACGAAAGUCAAGGGAGUCACCAAUCAGAAGCGCCUGGGUGCCGUGAACGCCAUGCAGGAUCCCGAACUGAAGCGAUUGAAGAACGACUUCAGCGUGGCCAAGGAUCCCAAGGCCAGCGAUGUCUACAAAUCUCUGUUUACCUCACACAAAACCGAGAAGGAGCAAGAGCGUGCCCACUGGGUUACCUACAAUCCAUUCUAUAAUUAGUUUAAUUAAAUAUAUGUCCAAGUUCACUAUCCGUUAAAAGUCA